UGCUUGCACCGCUCCGGCACUCAACUGCAUCUCCAUCAGUCUCAACAAACACACAUACCCACUCGGACAAGCAUGAACCAUGUCCGACAAGACAGCGUCUAAGACAACGCUCCUCGACCUGCCCGUUGACCUGCUCGUGCUCAUCUUCCCUUACCUCGAUGCACGAAGCUUCCUCAGUCUGACCUCAACAUGCACCGCACUCCACACACCCGACUUCACUCAUGACAGCACCUACUGGUCCGCCCUGGUCCGACGCGACUUCCGUGUACCAAACCAACCCGUUGUCGAGAACGAUGGCCAGCGCUGGCACAAACUGUACAAGCGAUUGCGUACCCAGAGCAAGGCUUAUACUUGGGGAAACAACGAGAAAGGAUGCCUUGGCCAUGCCGCUGCGCAGCCGCCAACUGGGUUCCGUGGGACAGCUGGACAUGCGUUGAUACGACAUGGUAGGAGGCAGGCCCGUAAGGCUGGUUAUCCGGGCGAGAUGCAAGGCCUGGAGAAUCUGGGGGUUAUUGCGGACAUGCAGUGUGGCGGGUGGUCGACGACGUUGUUGACUGCAAAGGGUGCACUUUAUACUGUUGGCGUGCUGGAUGGACUCGCUUUCAGCCAGAGACCGCCUCAUCAACAAAUGGCACGCGACACACCUACACCAUUGAGUUUUCCCCCAGGUUAUCCGCAGCCGCAAGAUGAUCGGUAUGAGCCUACCACUGCUGUAAAGGGUUUCUCUUCCGGGAGAGCUCAUGUUCUGGCACUGAGCGAUUCAGGCAAAAUUUGGAGCUGGCAGAACGCUGCUCACCCUGGCUUACACGUCAAAUUCGUACACCACGAAACGAAGGAGUACGUGAAGAAGACAGAGAAAGGUGCUGUAAGAAAAGUCGUGGCAGGCUGGAACAAAAGCGCUGCCUUAGUUACCGGCACGGGCAUCGUCUUGUGGGAGCCCUUAGAGCUCGAGCCCGAUCAAAAUGCUGUCGCAGAUGCUGUUCUCGUUCUCGAAACAUGCGCUGUACCAAACACGGCGUCCACACACGUGGAAGACGAAGAGAAUAGCAUUGGAGAUGUCCUGAACUUCAUCAUCCUCGAGGACACCAUUGUGUUCAACACCACAGCUGGGAAAGCAUAUGCUGCUCUGAUGAGAUGGUCACCGCAAUCGCAAACAGUGUCUAACCCAAUCGAGCUACCUCUACCCAAACUGAAAGACGGAGCAGACGAUGUGGUCAGCGAUGUUCAAGGAUCAUUUCGCAAUUUCGCCGUCUUCACCAAAUCCGGAGCUGUCCUCACCUCUACGCAGGACGACAUUAUGCCCUUGCUUCAAAACGUUCCCGGCGUACGGCAUACUUUUAAGCGCAUCCCGGCGCUUCAAAACAAGCAAGUAAUCUCUCUGGCAUUUGGUGAUUACCAUUUUCAUGCACUGCACGCUCCCGGCUACAUCACAUCCUAUGGGUCUGAGCCGCAGUUGUGCGGUGCCCUAGGCAUUGGUGGAUAUGGAGUACCAGAAAGUCGACUCCGUGGUAUUCGUAACCAAGCUCUAGGAGGCGAUGGCAGACUCGUGCCGCAUGCUUAUACUGAAGGCCGUCGGAUCUGGUUCGAAGAGGAGAAGCGUAAGUGGGCGCAAUUUCUGACAAGUGGGGGCGUCGAUCAGCAGGAAGCUGCAGAACGUGUCCGUAUGGCCAUCGGCUCGCCGCAUGUUGCUGCCCAAGGAGAAGUCAGCGAGUGGAUCGAGCAGGAAGCGCGUGACUGGGAGACUAAGUUUGGCAUCAGAGACGAGGACGAUGAUGGCCUGGGAGCCUACUUCGUGCUCAAUGUCACCGCGGCGGGAUGGCACAGCGGUGCUCUCGUGCUAGUCAACGAGUCCAUGGUUGGGAAACUGCGAAAAGCGGUCGAAGUUCCGGAUCAUUUGACUGCCGGCAAAGAGAUGGAUGAAGCAGGUCCCAGUGAGAUUGCGAAUCCGACGCAGGCCAGCACUGGGCAGGAUGAUAACGGUGAGUCUUCUUCAACAUGGACAGAUGUAGCAGCGGACUGGGGCCGUUAUUUCCUGGGUCUUGCGCCGUACAACGUGUCUUCGAAUACGUACGAUCCCAACGCACCCCAUCUCCGGCAUGCACCAACGGCUACACAGAGCAUUGCAGCCCGACACCAGUUGCCACAGAGGCUGGAUUAUGGAGCAUCUCCUCGAGAGGGCUACCACUACAUCUGGGCAGACGACCACUUCCCGCGCCUACGACUGAGCGAUGGUACAGAGAUGCCCGGAGACAUUGAAUUCCACGAGUGGCGGUAUGGUAGGCCAGAAUGGAAUCUCGAUUGGGAGAAUCCGCAAGGUGACGACUGAGACUUGAUGAUUCGAAUGGAAAACGCAAACACCUAGAGUACGAACACCUAUUUCCGCCCGACUACGACAUGAUGAGCAUGAUGAAGGUUACGAAUUACGGAGCUACGGGCAUACUGCUGGACUUAAGGUACAUGCAGCAAUCUGCAUACCGAAAGGAGCCUAGCGUCGAAGGACGUGAAUCCUUCGAGGGCUGAGGAAUUGAACCAGAAGCUACCUCCUACGAAGUGAGGAGUAAUGCUUGCCGAUCAUGGCAACUAAUGCUGGAUGCAGUAUGCAGAUAGCUGAAGUAAUGUUACACUGCUCCUCUUCCCUG